GAUUGAAAGUUUCAACGAAAAAUCACAAUUUGUAUGGAAUUUAUUGAUCACAUGACAGCACGUGAGAUGUCAUUGAAAUUUUUCAGUCAGUGUAAAAUCUUCAUCGUUCUUCGUCUUCUUUUACUCAGCUGACUGGCGAAAAAUUAUUUUUCUGUUUGUGUUUUGAACGAGUUGGACAACUUGAAAGUCAUAUUCCAAUAAGAAUAAAAAGAAAAACUCCAACCAACCAAAAUGUCUCGUCUCAACGCCCAACAAGCCCACAAGGAACACGUCCUUGCUGUUUCCCGGGAUUUCAUCUCGCAGCCACGAUUGACCUACAAAACUGUGUCCGGUGUAAACGGACCUUUGGUAAUCUUGGAUGAGGUGAAAUUCCCCAAGUUUGCCGAAAUUGUGCAACUCCGUCUGAAUGAUGGAACCGUUCGUUCAGGACAGGUGCUUGAAGUGAGCGGCUCUAAGGCCGUCGUCCAAGUUUUCGAGGGUACCUCAGGUAUUGACGCCAAGAACACUCUCUGUGAAUUCACUGGUGACAUUUUGCGUACACCUGUGUCCGAAGACAUGUUGGGACGUGUGUUUAACGGCUCCGGUAAGCCCAUCGACAAGGGACCCCCAAUUUUGGCAGAAGAUUUCCUUGACAUCCAAGGUCAACCCAUCAACCCAUGGUCUCGUAUUUACCCCGAGGAAAUGAUCCAAACUGGUAUUUCUGCUAUUGAUGUGAUGAACUCCAUUGCUCGUGGUCAAAAGAUUCCCAUCUUCUCUGCUGCUGGUUUGCCUCACAACGAAAUUGCUGCUCAGAUCUGUCGUCAAGCCGGUUUGGUUAAGACUCCUGGCAAGUCAGUGCUCGAUGACCAUGAGGAUAACUUUGCUAUUGUGUUUGCUGCUAUGGGUGUCAACAUGGAAACCGCUCGUUUCUUCAAGCAGGACUUCGAGGAGAACGGUUCCAUGGAGAACGUGUGCUUGUUCUUGAACUUGGCCAACGAUCCAACAAUUGAACGUAUCAUUACCCCACGUUUGGCUCUUACCGCAGCCGAAUUCUUGGCUUACCAGUGCGAGAAGCACGUCUUGGUCAUCCUUACCGAUAUGUCAUCGUAUGCCGAAGCUUUGCGUGAGGUAUCUGCUGCCCGUGAAGAAGUGCCCGGUCGUCGUGGUUUCCCCGGUUACAUGUACACAGAUUUGGCCACCAUCUACGAGCGUGCCGGACGUGUUGAAGGUCGUAACGGAUCAAUCACCCAAAUCCCCAUUCUUACUAUGCCAAACGAUGAUAUUACCCAUCCAAUUCCUGAUUUGACCGGAUAUAUUACCGAAGGACAGAUCUACGUCGAUCGUCAAUUGCACAACAGACAGAUCUACCCUCCAGUGAAUGUGUUGCCAUCGUUGUCGCGUUUGAUGAAGUCUGCCAUUGGUGAGGGCAUGACCAGGAAGGAUCACUCUGAUGUAUCGAAUCAGUUGUAUGCUUGUUACGCUAUCGGUAAGGAUGUGCAGGCCAUGAAGGCUGUCGUCGGUGAGGAAGCUCUUACUCCUGAUGAUUUGCUGUAUUUGGAAUUCUUAAGCAAAUUCGAAAAGAACUUUAUUUCCCAGGGUAACUAUGAAAACCGCACAGUAUUCGAAUCGCUCGACAUUGGCUGGCAGUUGCUUCGUAUCUUCCCCAAGGAAAUGCUCAAGCGAAUCCCAGCUUCCAUCCUCGCGGAAUUCUACCCAAGAGACUCUCGUCACUAAGGUCAGCACAAAGCCCCUCCACUUUACAAACCAUUCUCCUCUUGUUAAAGUUGCUGUAAAUUAAAAAGAAAAACAAUACAUACUUUUUAUUCUAAACAAAAUCCUACCAUAAAUAAAUAAAAAUAAAUAUAAUAAUUGUGUAAUUAUAACAAACGGAAUAAAUUUAAUUACAGUGUAAUAAGCCAUGUUAAUGCAAUUUUUUUCGAGGACUAAAUGAAAAUGAAAAUAGUUUAAAAUAUAUACUUAUUUGCGCACAGCGGCGGAUGAUCCACCUCCAUAAUAUUUCUCUCUCUUCCUCCGUGUCACGCAUCCAAAGACAAUACAAUAAAUAGUUAUUUUAAUCAUCCCUUAGUAGGUAUACCACGAAGAGAAUUCCAAAACUCCAACAUCAAACAAAGCGGCUGUCAGGGUCGUCGGUCGAGUGGGAUGGGGUGGAGUAUGAUAUUCCGCCAGUAGAGCUGUCGUUUAUAAAUCUAGAAUUUAAGAUAAAAAAUAUUAAUACAAAUGUUUCCUUAUUUCUUUGUGUUAAACAUAAGCAAAUAAAAAAUUGUUAUAUCCCUGUCUCUUGUUAUCUUCAAAAAAAAGCAUUCCAAGUAGUAUGCAAUAUAAAAUAAAAUUUAAAAAAAAGUGUACCCCAAAUUAUGUAAUUGUUUUAAUUUUCAGUUCACAACAACAACAAAAACAACACCAACUUCUUUUAAGUAUUUUGUUUUUCUUUGUUAUUUCUGUUUUAAUUAUUGUGUGUAUUGAUUUGCUUGCCAAUGUUUAUUGCAAGUGCAGUAUUACGGCGGCGGGCGGGAGCAGUAAUAGUAUUCUUUUCAACUAGCUAAAUUUUAAGAAAAGCUCGCUUGUUGAGAACUUUAUUAAAAAUAUUAAACUUUUUUUUCGGAUAAAAAACAUAAAAAAAGAUCAACAUAUUAUUAUGUCUUAUAAAGAUUUGUAAUUGUUACUCAAUAUCAUUUAUGAUUAUUAAGAAAUGUAUAAUUGUAUAUGUGUAAAAAAAAUUUAAAAAUAUUAAAUAUUAUGAGUUUUGAAGAAAAACAAUAAAGUAUACAUACAUUAUUACAAUUUGUUGAAAUCAAAAAAUU